GUAGACCAGCUAAGCUAAGCUAAGCUAGGCCCAUCCAAUCCAUCGUCACCCAAUCCACUCCGCCUCCUCCGGCGUCUUCCCUUCGCCGCUGCCCAAGCGACAGCUCCACUCUCACCGCCGCCGCAGCCGACACAUCCACUCAGGCUGCCUUCCUCCCUCCGCUGCCGGCCAAUAGCUAGCCACCUGCGAGUGCUAGGCCACCACCACCACAAUUCGCCGCCGAGGGGCUCGCCGGCAACCCAGCGGCGCCACAGAGUGAUCGGGCGGCGUAGGCGCGGACAAGUGCUUGGGGGAGCUGCAGGUUACCAGAGCAUUUUUUUCUCUUCUGGAUUAAUAAUACCACCAGCAGUGACAGCGAUCUUCUUGGUUGCUGCAACAUAGCCAAGAGCGCGAGAAACAGGCCUUGAGUUGUUUCGAGGUUAUAGGAUUCUCUUAGAUUUCUUGGUUCAAAGGCGCCAAGGUUUUACUUCCUUCGGAUUGCUGCUUCCGCAAAGGAGGCAAGAAACUGUUUUAGGAUUGAUUGUUGGUGAAAUUGAGCGAGGGGAAUAGAGUGGUUGCUGGAACUUCUGUGCCAAUGUGUGCUUAUGUUGCUUCUUGGUUUCUUGAUGUGGAGGUUGCAAUGUUACAAUGAUACACAAUGUGGACAUUAAUUAGGGGAAUGCUGAUGACAUGAGCCUGUGGCCACUCCAGGUUCAUUUGCCCUUGUUUUCUAAGUAUCGCUGGGGCUAGGAAAAUGUGGUUUCCGUUUCAUGACCUUCAUGAGCUGUUCUGCGGUCAGCUCUAACGGCAUUGCCCUCCGGCUUCUCAUAGAGGAGAGGAUCCGGUGCCGGGGUGUGUGCGCAUGUGAAAUGCUCGCUCUUGGUUCCCAGAGGAGGAGGGUGAGGCACCCAGUGAUCUUCGCGAAGAAGAGGAGGCGGCCCAAGAGGUGGCAGCGGCCGUGGUGGAAGACAUUUUUCUCGGAUUGGAACGAUGAUGAAGAGAGUUUGUCUGGCUGGAGAGAGGAUGAUGAAUUGCUCGAGGAGAUUAGCAGUGGCAAAGAACUGUCUAACAAUGAGAAGUUUGAAACAUGGAAGAGGAAAGCCGAGGCUAUUGUUGAGCUGAGGGAAGCCCAGCAGAAUGCUAUGAAUGCCGAGGAGCAGUCGUGGGAGGAUUGGAUCAGUGGAGGCAGCACAACAGGGGGCGGUGACUGGGGCGGGGAUGUGAGUGUGUUGGACCAGAUAACUGACGAUCCUGCUGAGAUAGUGAGGGAUAAGAGCUUUAUUGAAGUUUUCAGAGAUUCCAUUGAUGAAGAUUAUGAGGACAUGUUGUUUGAAGACCGAGUUUUCCUGUAUGCCUCAACGAACUCGGCCAAAUUCCUGGCAUUACUGAUCGUGGUGCCAUGGGUGAUAGAUUUUCUAGUUCAUGACUAUGUUAUGAUGCCCUUUCUAGAAAGGUAUGUCCAGAAGGUGCCACUUGCUGCUGAGCUGCUUGAUGUAAGACGCAGCCAGAAGCUCCAGAUGGUUAAAGACCUAAACAUUGAGAAGGCAAGAUACCGUUUUGAAGUAGAGAUUGGUAAAUCUCCACCACUUUCUGACGGGGAGGUCUGGUCAGAGUUGCGGGAAAAAGCGAUAGAGUUGAGAGAUGACUGGAGAUUAGAAAACCGGAAAGCUUUUGCAAAUAUAUGGUCUGAUAUGGUUUAUGGGAUUGUGCUAUUCCUUCUUAUCUGCUUCAACCAGAGCAAAGUUGCAAUGUUGAAGUUCACAGGAUACAAGUUGCUAAAUAACAUUUCGGACAGUGGGAAGGCCUUUCUUAUUAUUCUAGUGUCAGACAUCCUUCUAGGGUACCAUUCAGAGUCAGGUUGGCAUACAUUGAUAGAAGUUAUUCUCGAGCACUACGGGCUUGAAGCCGAUCAAGCUGCAGUCACAUUUUUCGUUUGUCUGGUUCCAGUUGCCCUGGAUGUAUUCAUAAAGUUUUGGGUAUACAAAUACCUUCCAAGAUUAUCUCCUAGUGUGGGCAACAUUUUGGAUGAAAUAAAGCGCCACUAGAGAAUUUUUCCAUCAGGUUUUAGUUUCUUUCAUUAGGGAAUCGCUUGGAAAAUGUCACUUUCCAGGUAACAUUCAAUGAAUCAUUUGGACUAGUAUUUCUACUUUUCAACUCUUAAGGAACUCUUCUUCUGAAGGCCUUACUUAUGAUGCCUGCCUGGUCAGCAGCCAAGUAUCAGGCUAUUUGCCAUGACUGGGAAUUUCAGGAACCCGAACAAGUUCUUAUCCUAAAAACUAUGUCAUAUGAAAGAUUCUGUGCUAGAGAUACUCUCCGGGUGAACAACAAGAUUCUGCACCAUAGAUACCCAACAGGAAAAUUCAGGUUCUUUUGAUCUGAUAUUUAUCAAUGGCAAGCAAUUUUGCUUUAGAAAUUGUCACGUGUGGAGCCUUAUAUCGUUUCAAUUUUGUGCUGUGCAACUUCUAAAGAAACUAUUAUAUAUGUACAAACAACUGAUGUGCAGUGGCAACUUAUUCGUCCUUGUGGCAUUGAAAUGCCAUUACAGAAAUUAUCAUUUACAUUUUCUUGUUCCA